AUGCUGAGGUCGUUGAUGCAACGGCUCUCGCCUUUGACUUCAAGACCCUACCACAAGGCGAUGGGACAAACGUGGGUUCCGACGGUAUCUCGCUAUCCGGAGGCCAGAAAGCGCAAGUUUGGAGCCGAGUUUGGGGCCGCUAUGCAGCUGGGCGGCAUCCUACUUUUAGACGAAGUGAGCUCAAGCGUGGAUCAAAAGACAGAACGCAUCAUGCAGGAGACUAUUAGGACCGAGUUCAAGAACUACACGGUGAUCGCGGUCAACCAUCGAUUGGGCAUGACUAGGUUUGGUGAUCUGGUAAGAGCAGGAAACAAGUAG